AUGGGCGAUAAUGGAUGCGUGACGGAUAAAGAUUGUGGCAAACAUGCUUUUUGUGCUCACAUCGAUCCUUAUCCUGGAGAAUGUCUCCCUGUAGAUGACAGCGACUUGACACGAAAUAUUAUUAUUGGUUCAAUUGUCGUUUUUUCAAUUGCUCUUAUCGCAGUUGGUAUUUGUGUGUUUGUGAAAUUGCGGAACAGAGGAGCAAACUCUUCUAAUAUGAGCAAUCCUAGUUCAAGAGGAUAA